AUGUUUUCUGCACCUGGGCCAAGUUUAUUGGCUUCAAGUUCAACCUUAUUUCUCAUUGAAGACACUGAAGACAUUGAAUAUUCAGAUAAUACAAUAGUAGUUAACACAAAUUCAUAUGCAUUAACAAAAAAUGCUAGUGCUUUUGGUAGGCGCUGGCAAAACUUAACCUGUAAAGAACUCAUUAUAUGGAUCGCAUUAGUUAUUUACCAAGGACUUUUUAAGUCCCUUUCUUUUGAACAAUACUGGAACGAAGAUACAAGGUUCCCCCUCCAUCAUAUUUCAAGGCAAAUGACACUGAAAUGCUUUAAACAAAUUAUGCGAUAUUUACAUAUUUCUUCACCUGCAGAAAUGAUUAACCAUUACUUUGAAAAAUUAAAGCCUUUGCUCUCUCAUUAUCUUUGGCAAAUUGGUAUCAGUGCCUGUGGAACUGUCCGAAAAACUGCCUCCGGAUUUCCAAAAAAGUUGAAGGUGAAUAGAAAUAUUAAACUUAACUGGGAUGUUCACUCUGGUAUAAUAAUAAAUAAAGUAAUGGCAGUCUUCUGGCAGGACAAUGGUCCUGUUACAAUGUUAACAAUGGUUCAUAGUCUUGUUGGUGAUAAAUGGGAGAUAAUGCAUGAAAGAAUUCAAGGAUCAACAAAAAAGCACAAGGAAUUCCAUCAUGAACUUGUUUGGGAACUCAUUAAUCUUGCUAAUAAUAGUGUUCUCCAAUCAUCGGUUGUAUCAGGAAACCAUUUUGUUAAGUGGAGAAAAGAAAAAAGGGAAGUGUGUCAGUGGUGUUCCUGGCUGGCUAAUAAACAAAAAUUAGAGAUGAAUCGCAAAUCUCCAAAUCAGAGUAACUUUUGGUAUGUGGAGUGUGAUGUGCCACUUUGUUGUAAUGCAAAGCGAAAUUGUUUUUUGGAAUUUCACAUUAAUAAUUAA